GCCAUGUGACCGGCCGCCGCCGCCCCAGGCCCGAGGCAGCGGCGGGGGGCGCCAUGGCCGAGCGGGGCCGCCCGGGGCCCGGCGGCGCGCCCGGCGCGCUCGGCAUGCCCGUGCCCAUGAACCUGUUCGCCACCUGGGAGGUGGACGGCUCCAGCCCCAGCUGCGUGCCCAGGUUGUGCAGCCUGACGGUCAAGAAGCUGGUGGUCUUCCGCGAGCUGGAGAAGGAGCUCAUCUCCGUGGUCAUUGCUGUCAAGAUGCAGGGCUCCAAGCGGAUCCUGCGGUCCCACGAGAUCGUGCUGCCCCCCAGUGGACACGUGGAGACGGACCUGGCGCUGACCUUCUCCUUGCAGUACCCCCACUUCCUGAAGCGGGAGGGCAACAAGCUGCAGGUGCUGCUGCAGCGGCGCAAGCGCUACAAGAACCGGACCAUCCUGGGCUACAAGACGCUGGCGGCCGGCGCCAUCAACAUGGCCCAGGUGAUGCAGCAGCCCUCCGAGGGCGGCCAGGUGCUGGGGCUCUGCAGCGGCACCAAGGAGGCAGCCGUCAAGGUGGCCGAGGUCUGGGUCUUCUCGCUGUGCAGCCAGCCCGUGGACCACGAGGACAGCGCCCUGCAGGCCGGGCCCAAGGCCAAGUCUGCGGACAACUACUCGGAGGAGGAGGACGAGAGCUUCUCCUCGGAGCAGGAGGCCAGCGACGACGCCGUACAGGGCCAGGACCUGGACGAGGAUGACUUCGACGUGGGGAAAGCGGAGAAGCAGCGGCGCUCCGUAGUCAGGGCGACCUCCAUGACCAGGCAGCAGAAUUUCAAGCAGAAAGUGGUGGCUCUGCUUCGGAGGUUCAAAGUGUCGGAUGAGGUCCUGGACUCGGAGCAGGACCCGACGGAACAUGUCCCUGAGGUGGAGGAAGACCUGGACCUCCUGUACGAUGCGCUGGAGCCCAGCGACAGUGGCCCCGACAUGGACGACGACGACAGUGUCCUCAGCACCCCGAAGCCGAAGCUCAGACCCUACUUUGAAGGCCUGUCGCACUCCAGCUCCCAGACAGAGGUGGGCAGCGUCCACAGCGCCCGCAGCCAGAAGGAGGCCGCCAGCCCGGCCGACGUGCCCGAGAAGACCCGGGCCCUGGGGGUGAAGCUGCCCAGUGACAGCGCCUCCGACCUGGUGGCACAUCACAGCGGGCCUGGCCUCGGGGAGCAGCCGGCACCGCCCCAGGACAGCCCCGAGUCGGAGACCAACAGCCCCGACGUCUUCACCGAGAAGCGGCCGCCCAGCGGGCGCAUCACCAAGACCGAGUCCCUGGUCAUCCCCUCCACCAGGAGCGAGGGCAAGCAGGCGGGCCGCCGGGGCCGCAGCACGUCGCUGAAGGAGCGGCAGCCGGCACGGCCGCAGAGCGAGAGGGCCAACAGCCUGGACAACGAGCGCUGCCCCGACGCGCGCAGCCAGCUGCAGGUGGGCGCGGCCCGCAGGCCCACGCAGGCGUGGCGGGUGCCGGGGGUCCCCGGGCCUCCGGUGACCAGCCCGUGUCCCCAGAUCCCCCGGAAGACUGUGUACGACCAGCUGAACCACAUCCUCGUCUCGGACGACCAGCUUCCCGACAGCAUCAUCCUGGUCAACACCUCCGACUGGCAAGGCCAGUUCCUGUCGGGCGUCCUGCAGCGGCACACCCUGCCCGUGGUCUGUACCUGCUCGGCCGCCGACGUGCAGGCCGCCUUCUGCACCAUCGUCUCGCGCAUCCAGAGAUACUGCAACUGCAACUCGCAGCCGCCGCGGCCCGUGAAGAUCGCGGUGGCGGGCGCCCAGCACUACCUUAGCGCCGUGCUGCGCCUCUUCGUGGAGCAGCUGUCCCACCGCACGCCCGACUGGCUGGGCUACAUGCGCUUCCUCGUCAUCCCGCUGGGCUCGCACCCCGUGGCCCGCUACCUGGGCUCCGUGGACUAUCGCUACAACAACUUCUUCCAGGACCUGGCGUGGCGCGACCUGUUCAACAAGCUGGAGGCACAGAGCACUGUACAGGACACGCCCGACAUCGUGUCUCGGAUCACCCAGUACAUCUCGGGGGCCAACUGCGCCCACCCGCUGCCCAUCGCGGAGGCCAUGCUGACCUACAAGCAGAAGAGGAGAAAGAACUUUCAUUUUGACUUUACCCUCAGCCCUGACGAGGAGUCUGCCCAGAAGUUCAUCCCCUUCGUUGGGGUGGUGAAGGUGGGCAUCGUGGAGCCGUCAUCGGCCACAUCAGGAGACUCUGAUGACGCGGCCCCCUCGGGCUCCUGUGUGCUCUCGUCCACCCCGCCGUCCACGUCGCCCGCCACCAAGGAGGCCUCGCCCACCCCGCCGUCCUCCCCGUCUGUGAGCAGCGGCCUGUCCUCCCCCAGCCAGGGUGUCGGCGCCGAGCUCAUGGGGCUGCAGGUGGACUACUGGACGUCAGCCCUGCCGGCAGACAGAAAGAGGGACGCCGAGAAGCGGGAGCUGCCCGCGGCCAAGACCACGCUCAAGAGCACCUUCCGGUCUCUCCAGGUCAGCAGGCUGCCCAGCGGCGGCGAGGCUGCACCCACGCCCACCAUGUCCAUGACCGUGGUCACCAAGGAGAAGAACAAGAAGGUCAUGUUCCUGCCCAAGAAGGCGAAGGACCGGGACGCGGAGCCCAAAAGCCAGUGUGUGGAGGGCAUCAGCCGGCUGAUCUGCACGGCCAAGCACCAGCAGAACAUGCUCCGAGUCCUCAUCGACGGCGUGGAGUGGAGCGACGUCAAGUUCUUCCAGCUGGCGGCGCAGUGGUCCUCACACGUCAAGCACUUUCCUAUCUGCAUCUUCGGACACUCCAAGUCCUCCUCAUAGCCCCCUCGGCCCUGCGCGGGGCACGGCCAGGCCCAGCUGCUUCCUGGUCCCCUUUGGUUCAUGACAGACGCGUAAACUCAGCAAGUCUCCAGUAUGAUGUGCUCGCAGCCUGGACACUAACGGACGCGCUCACGGCCCGCACCUGCGCUGCCCUUUACCGAGUGGCCCGGGAGGGUCAGGCUUGGGGCAGGAAGUGCCGCUGGCCCAGCCCCCAUGCCCUUCAGCAGUUUUUAACGCUUUUCCCAGCAGGUUACAGUGUAGCUGUCAAACACUUUGGCUCUUCCACACCCUUGCUGCCCGGUGCCCCUCCGAGCUGCCCCUGCUGCCCACUCAGCACGCACGGUGGCCUCUGCGGCUACCAGCCUGGGAGCCUGCUGGUCCACGGCGGCUGGGGGGGACCCUGCAGGGCUGAGCACCUGCCCCUUGGAAAACCUUGGGUCUCGGCCUGCAGCGUGGGCAGGAGCGCCGUACUGACACCCCCCCGCUCUCAGGAGCAGCCCUUAACCCCCAGAAGGGGCUACUCUGUAGACAGGCUCGUCUGGACCGGGGACCCAGGGUCCCCUCCCUGGUAGGCGCUGUGACCCCAGGUGGGUCGUGAGGCAGAAGUGGAAGCCGCAGGCCUUAGGGCCGCGGGCGCCUGAGGCGAGGAGGGGUGUGGGGACCCACCCUUCCACGCCACUCGACUGGUUUCGAGGAAGGGCCCCGUGGACCCUGUCCCUUGUGGGAGGUCCUGCCAGCAGGCCCGGCACACAGCCUACGUGGAGACCUGGGCUGCACUCACCCCCGUGCCUCAGUUUCCCCGUUUGUUCACGGGGGCAGCCACGUUCGCCUGCCUACCUCAUGGAGCUGUUCUGAGGGCUUUGCCAGCACUUGGUUCCUCAGAGGCAGAAGCUGCAGAGGCCAGGGUGGUCUGUGGGGCCCCAGCCAGGACCAGCCCAUGGGUCUGCAGAGGACUCAGGUUGGACCAGCCGGCCAGCCGCCCUGUGGCAGUGGGAGUAGCGAGUCUCGCCCUGCCCAGGUCCAGCCCUGCCCCCUGCCCCCCCCCCCCCCCCCGUGUCGCUGUGUUCCCAUCUCCCGAGUCUCAAAGGCCAGUGUCCGUGGGGGGAGUCUGGGGGGCUGGGGCUGGGGCUCCCUGCCUCGCUGCACUGGCCUGGCUAUGGGUGAGGCCCCGCUGCCCUUGGUCAGGACUUUUGUCCCAGGCCGCCUGCAGCCGAGGGCACCUGCCGCCUCCCCGGGUGGGAGGCCUGCCCCAGGGGGCCGUGCACCCCUGCAGACCCAUGGCUGGUUUCUAGGGUGUGUGUUGCUAGGUUUUUUAAUGCAAAACAGGAUUAAUGUAAAUAACCUUUUGGGGGAACAGAUUCUAAUCUGUCACAGACGUGACUGUGGACUAUUUUAAGGUGCUGAUGCGACAGAAUAAACCUGGAGACGCA